CAGGUUAACGACCUCAAGUUUACACCGUUUUAUUGUUCGAACGCCAUAGAUCGCUACCUCUAAAUUUUUCUAAAUUACUCUGUCUAUGCGUUACGAGCCUAAACAUAUAUAGUCGACCCAUUGACAGGUAUAGGUAGAGUCAGUAAGUAGAGUGCAAGAUAACACUGUAAACAACAACUGAAAACUGAUCGCGAUACUCGACGAUUAUUCAUGAUCUCCAGUUUCGAAACAUUUCCAAGAUAAUCGCACUUACGCAUUUCGUCUAAAUUGCGUGCGGUCGGAAAUCCGAAUCGCGAUUGGCUACAUUGCAAAAAUUCUUCGUUUUCAUUCUUACAUAUUUUCGUAUAAGAAUUCGAACAAGGCUUUCUGGUUUUGGCUAAGAAAAGACGCCGUACAACGUACGCCGCGCACGCGAUAGCGUUCAUGUUACGGAGAAAGAUAUUUAGGAAAUCGAAUGAACGGGAUAGGAGGAGCGUUAAUUUGACGAGCGACGAACCAAAUUCGGGUCGGCAAACGUGUUCGGACGGUAAUGUUAAAGAAAAUCCGUUGCUCACGGAAGAGGAGACGCGCGAAUAUUUUCGUCUAGUGGAACAAGAAAAAAUUCUCGACCGACAAUUGUCCGACUGGAAAGCCCAAGAGGCAGAAGUUCGAUCGACUCAAGAAACCAUGAGUUUGUUACACGAGUACAACGAUAUCAAAGAUAUCACUCAAAUGGUUUUAGGAGCUAUAGCUAUGAUAAAUAAAUCUACAAUCAAAGAUCUGCACGAGCAGUACGAUUUACCCGUGCAAGACAAUUAAAUUCAUUGUGCUCCUUUAUAGUUUAUACAUACACGCUGUUUUCAUUCAUUCAUUUUAUUCCUUGGCUUUUCACUCGAAUCUUUCUCUCUUAACCGAGUCGUUUCCCUUCUCAACAUCUAAAACGCAAUAGGAU